AAUGAGUAAACACUUCCGACUUACAUAUGCUCAAUAUAUGUCAUUGGCUUGCUUUUGUAAUUGUAGGUCGGUGGUGGGAGCUCCAAUGCUUACAUUCAAACGUAACUACUUUUACAGACGUUUUUACUCCUCUUUGUCAUCCCAUUCAACUGCCUUCCUCGAUCGUCAAAUCAACCGCUUCCUUUCUAUCCAAACUUUGGAUCCCAAAUCGGUCCUCCAAUCUCAUGGCUACAUCAUCACAACUGGGAGCCCGAAUAAUGCCUUCAUAGCGUCGAAGCUCAUUUCUCUCUAUGGUUCUAUUAACAAGCCCGACUUGUCGGCGAAAGUGUUCGAUUCGGUUCGCUUCAAAGAUGCCUUCCUUUGGAACUCCAUAAUCAAAGCCCACUUCUCUAAUGGCAAUUACUCAGAAGCCCUUGAAUUUUAUCUCCAAAUGCGAUUUUCUGGUGUCCUGCCUAACGAUUUCACUUUUCCGAUGGUUGUUUCUGCCUGCGCUGAGCUUUCCUUGCUAAAGAAGGGCAUGGAAAUGCAUGCUUUGGUUUCAAAACUUGGACUUUUUGCGGGUAAUUCUGCAGUUGGAUCUUCGUUUUUAUACAUGUACUCGACGUGUGGUUGUAUUGAAGAUGCGGCUGACUUGUUUGACGAAUUUCCAAUGAGGGAUGUGGUUGCUUGGACCGCGCUUGUAAUUGGGUAUGUGCAGAACGGCGAGAGUGAGAAGGGUUUGGAAUGUUUUUGUGAGAUGCACAGGAUAGGUGGGGAUGAGGAGAGGCCUAAUUCUAGAACAUUUGAAGGGGGAUUUCAAGCUUGUGGAAAUUUGGGGUUUUUGUCAGAGGGAAUGUGCUUACAAAGUUUAGCAACAAAAACUGGAAUCGAUCAUGUUCAAGGUGUUCAAUCUUCAAUUUUGUCUAUGUAUAUCAAGUGUGGAUGUCCUGAGGAAGCUUGUCUUUCAUUUUGUGAAGUUGAUAAUAAGGAUGUUAUAGCGUGGACAUCUGUUAUUGGUGUUUAUGCAAGAUUGGGACGCAUAAUGGAAUGUAUAUAUUUGUUUUCACAGAUGCAGGUUGCUGGAAUCUAUCCAGACGGGAUAGUUAUCAGUUGUCUGCUUUCAGGUUUUGGUAAUUCCAUGAGAGUCAAUGAAGGGAAGGCCUUUCAUGGGAUACUCCUCAGGAGAAAUUAUAUAUUUAAUCAGAUGGUUAUCAAUGCAUUACUGUCAAUGUAUUUUAGGUUCGGACUUUUUUCUCUCGCAGAAAAGCUUUUUGACAGAGCACAUGACAGGGACAAAGAGACUUGGAACAUAAUGGCUUUUGAGUAUGAUAAGGUAGGACUGGAAUCCAAGUGCAUAGAACUGUUUAGGGAAAUGCAAUAUCUAGGCAUUGAAUAUAAUCCAAAUGGUUUGCUAUCUGUUAUUUCUUCAUGUUCUCGAAUAGGAGCAAACCAUUUAGCCCAGUCGCUUCAUUGCUGUGUAAUUAAAAGUCUGAUGCAUGAGAAUAUCUCCUUUGCCAAUUCACUAAUAGACUUAUAUGGAAAAAGUGGAAACUUUGGUACUGCAUGGAAGAUCUUUUGUAGGACACAUAAGGAUACUGUCACGUGGAACACGUUGAUCUCCUCAUAUGUGCAUGGUGAGCAUUUUUGUGAGGCUUUAAGCCUCUUCAAUAAAAUGGUUUCAGAAGGCUUCAAGCCUAAUAUAGCAACACUGGUUACUUUGCUAUCUGCUUCUUCUCGUAUGGCAUCUUUGGAGAAAGGAGAACAGAUUCACAUUUAUAUCAAGGAAGGAGGGUUUGAAUUUAAUAUAUCUCUGGCUACUGCUUUAGUUGACAUGUAUGCAAAAUGUGGGCAACUGGAGAAAUCAAGAGAAAUCUUUGAUUCAAUGGAUGAAAAAGAUGUUAUUUCUUGGAAUGUGAUGAUUUCAGCUUAUGGAGUGCAUGGAGAUGCAAAAUCUGCGUUAGAAAUCUUCCAGCAGAUGGAACGGUCAGAUGUCAAACCAAAUGAACUUACUUUUCUUGCUGUUCUAUCUGCUUGUACCCAUGCAGGGCUUGUUCAAGAAGGGAAAUGCUUGUUUGAGAGAAUGGGGAACUAUUCUCUGUCACCCACAUUGAAGCAUUAUGCUUGUAUGGUGGACCUCCUUGGCAGGUCAGGCAAUCUGCAUGAAGCUGAAGAUUUGGUGCUCUCAAUGCCCAUUGCUCCUGAUGGGGGUCUAUGGGGUGCUUUGUUAAGUGCUUGCAAAAUACACAACAAUACUCAGAUGGGUAUGAGGAUUGCAAAGCAUGCUAUUGAAGCUGACCAAGAAAAUGAUGGCUAUUAUGUAAUGAUUGCUGACAUGUAUACCUCUCUAGGGAAGUGGGAGGAGGCAGAAAAGGUUAGAGUGAUGAUGCAAGAACUGGGAGUGCAGAAAAGGGCAGGAUUGAGUACAGUAUAGCUUACAAGGGGAUAGUUUUAUUCGUUGUUGGGGCAGGUCCUGGUUCUCUGUCUAUCUUCUGCUAACUCUGUUGGUAAUAUCAAUGUGAAUUGUUAAAACUUGUUUGUAGCCCAUAGCUCCAUCUUUUCCUGACCCUCAAAUUCAGCCCACUGGCCAAAAGUGGUUUGUGUUGCAAGAAACCCUAUUGGUAUUAGAAUUUGGCUCUCUCUUCCUCCUUGCUAACAGUGGGUUCCAAAUUUAAAAAGCAGUGGCAAGAAGGUGAUCAACAAAGCAAAGGGUUGUUUAGGCUUGACCCCAGAAUUGAUAAAGCAUUAGCAAGGAAGGAAAGAAGUAAUAAUUGGAUAAUACAAACAGAAAGGAGAGACAGAAAAAAGGGAGAAUGGAGACAGAAGAAGAGAUAGAAGAUAAAGGAAGAGAAGACCAAGGACGAAGGAAUGCUUAUGAGAAAAUAAAUGAAGAGAAGACAAGGGAGGAGAGGUAAGAAGCACAAGUGCAGACACAUGGCACAAAAAUGAGGAGACUCUAACAUGCCUGACAUGAGUUCCCACGGUCAUAAAGUAUCAAGCUGCAGUUUACUCGUAUUCCCUGGACUCUUAGCUUUCUUGCUUGAUCUAUCCAUCCAAAAUCUUCAGGAUGACCCCUUUCAAAAAUCAAUGCUGCCAGAUGAGUUGGUAGCACAAAUGAAGGUGGUCAAUGUAUUUGAGAAUACAAUAAAUGUAACUUCAACUCUGGAGCCAGGUAUAAGAUCUUCCUCCUACAGCUAUCCUUUUUAUUUGGAUGCGAAUGUCGUAAAUUCUCACAAUUGACGAGCAAUUGCUUGGAAGUCAAAAGUCAGUAGACUUCCAGUUCUGGAAGUGAAGAAAGACUUCUUCAGAAAUCUCAAGUUUGAGAUGGACGAUUUGGAGACCAGAAUCCCUAAGGGUGAGCACAAAGUGAUUCAAGGGAUAACCCCGUUCAACCGAUAGAGAGAGGUUGAAAUUGAUUCUUGAGAACUCCAUGCUUCCAUGGUUGUGGAAGACAUAGAGGAGAAACGAGGAGGAAGACCGUUCAUUGAUGCAUUGAUGGCCGUGACCUCUCUGUUCCGAACUCAGUUAUUGUUAAAGAGGGGUGGGAAUAAUCUGCCUGGUCUGAUUGAUGUGCAGAAACCACUGAUGAGGGGUCCAGAGAGGCAAAGACAGCAUCAGAGAUUCGACAGCUCUUCAACCUUUCCAAGGAGGAAAAAAGUCUGCUGGGAAUACGUCAACACAUUAGCAGAAAACCUUUACUACAAAAUCGGGAAAGGGAAAGAAACUGAAGGGUCCUAACAGGAUGAUGUUCCAAAACAGUCGGACCAUCUAAGAGACUUAAGACUAGGAGAGAUGGAUCUUAGAUUUUCCCAAGAGAGAAGAAAAACAAGAGCAGAAACAGAAUAAAGUGUUUUUGGUUUUUUUUAUUAGGGUAGUAUUUGUUAAUCAAUAUAUGGGACGAAAAAGGUUAAAUAUGAGAAGUAUUCCAGAUGUUUAUCCUUUCCAAUGUGUUUGCUAAACUUAUCUAGUGAUUCUUGAA